AUGAAAGCAACCUCGAGUGGGGACAGUUGGACGGACAGUAAGACCAAUGAGAAGAAAUAUCGAAGAGAACCUGGAGGAGUAAACAAAAAAGGCGGAUCAAAAGAAGGUUGGAAGUUUUUCUCCAAGUUUCGCAGAGGAAAGGGCAGUGCGGAAAAGGAUAGAAGGACGAAAGGCACGCAAGAAUCUGCGGAAAACGCGGAAGAAACGGGAGACACCGCAUUUCCACAAAAACGGCCUGCAGUUCAAAAAAAUCCUCCUUAUCCACCCCCAGGUGGGUAUGGUCCCUCGUAUCCACCAGCCGGUGGUGGGUAUCCACCCCCACCCGGUGGGUAUCCACCCCCACCUGGGGGAUACCGACCCUCCUAUCCACCACAGCAAAAUCAGCCACCACCGCCACCACCACCUCCGCCCCCGCCGGGCGGUGGUGGCUAUAUAUACGACAAAGACCAGUACUUCGAUACGACACCAGGUCAAGGUGGGGGUAUGCCUCAACACAAGUUUCCUCCAGGACCUCCUCCUCCUCCACCGCCACCCCCGCCGAAACAGUGGCCACCUCCGCCUCCACCGCCACCGCCACCCCCUCCGAAACAGUGGCCACCUGGUCCUCCGCCCCCAGGGCCUCCUCCUCCGCCUGGAGCGUUCCCACCUCCGGAUAGACCGCAGUCACCAGCGAAACCCUACGAAUUCUGGAAGUUGGAUCCAUAUCGAUGA